UUCCAGGAAGUAAACAAACUUUACACAGAAUCGGCAUGUCAAUAUCUCCAAUUGUGGAUUAUAACAGAAAAUCAUAACAUGUCAUGAUGCGAACAAUUAUCUUUGUUUUUAUAAGUGUUAUUUUUAAAUCAAGGGGAUAUGGGAAAAUUGUUGGUGAUUGUUCACCUCAGGUGGACAUGCCAUGCAUAUUACACAGGUUGAAAGGAAAUGCUUGUUCUCCUGUAAACCUGAGAACAGAAUUUCCAUUCUUUGAAACAAACACUGCGAAAUUUCCUGGGAAGCCUGGAUCUUUUGAUGCAGUGGGAAGUUAUCGAUAUUAUCCAACUUAUAACAGAUGGUUUCCGGAGGUCAACUUAACGUUUACGACGCCGCAAAAUGCUGGGAAGAAUUACGUGAAGGGUUUUAAAGUUACUCGUUAUGAUGCAUCAAGUAGUAAAGGACCCACUUGCUACAUACUAGAUCUAUCAAACGUAACUUGGGAUGAAAAUUCUUUGGCAGAAAUGGAUACAAAGUUCAGAUUGGACAUGUAUCCCCUAAAUCCAGGAGAGCCUAGAUAUUUUGCAUUUGAUGUGUAUGCUUUGCCAAAGCAGGAAAAUAGGGAGGACAGAUUUGACCAGUAUUUACAAAAGUUUAUUCAGUUUCCAGUCUAUAUACCAGUAAAUAAUAGAACUGCAAGAAACUGGGCUGCAACAAUAUAUUACACAAAUGACAGUAAUAGUGGAACUAUAAAUGUCACGAUAGAACAGCCUCCAGCAGAGUAUAAUUUCACCUUGUUUGAAUACAGUUUGGUUCAUAGUGGAUCUUAUGUGCCUUUCAUGCUGGAAAAUUCAAGAAAGACAUGGUACCAGUUUACAAGAGUACCGACUGGGGUGUAUCAAAUUUGGGUGAAACCAGUGAGAGACGAAGGCCACUGUCCAUGUAAAGAUGUAUCUGGCCAGAUCUGUGAUCACUGUGUGACCACUAAGACAAAGAGUUUCUCCUUUACGUACACUGGUCUGCCUUUCCCAACAACAAGGACUACAUCCCCACAAGUGGAAACUGUCAAGCCUGUAAAUGUGAUAACAACAACUGGUUUGACAUCCAAAACUUCUGGAGGUGGAACAGCUACUGAGAGUAUGAAAAGAUUGACAACGGAGAGUCCUGAAGUCUCCGAGGUGCAGGUUGCCAUGGCAGUAGUUGGUACGAUACUGGGACUCGUGUUUGCUUUGAUUGUUGCAGUAUUCAUAUAUAUUCGUAAAUGCAGGCGUACUGAUGAAGAGAAAAUAGCUCAACCUGAUAAACCCAGCAUUGACGGAUCUCAAGCUUUGCCAGGCAAAAAUCCAGGCUUUGACGAAAUCGCUUCCAUUAUGACUUUUCCUAUCAUUGAACAGGGCAUCAACAAUGUGAAUGCUGGAAAGUUGAGAUUUGAGAAAACUCCGAAGUUAUGUUUGUUGUUCGAAAAAGAUCAUGAAUAUCACCGUAAUGUUGUUGAGAAUUUUGCCACCUAUUUAAGACAACACUGUCAGUGUGUGUCAAUGUGUGUCGAGUGGCAGCUUGAUGCACCCUGGGUACAUGAAGACCUUGAUCAGGCCGACUUCAUCAUAAUUGUCAAUUCAGAGGGUGCUUACACAAGUUACAUGGCAAAAUAUGGGCAGCAGAGUAAUUCAACUGUCAUCAACCAGUCUUCACCAAUGACAAGGCGUAUGUCGAGUAUAAACAGCGUGAGAAAUAAAUUUUUGCGUGAUGAGAGAUACGAUAAUAUUGUUAUGGUCUAUUUUGACUACACUGAUGAGAGAUAUAUUCUUCCUGAUAUAUGCCCGGGCUAUAAAUACCGACUUCCAAAACAUUUCACAGAUUUCCUUCUCCAUAUUCACAAACUGCGCCGUACAGAUAAUCUUUCGCAAUAUGAUCUUCCAUUUGAUGGCAAUCAUAAUAAGCGUCCCAUUGGCCAAAAACUUUUAGACUCCAUUGCUGCAGCUGAGCGCUUUCAGCAACAAAACCCAAAGUGGUUGCAGAAAAGGUAUGAAUAUGAUAGAAUGUGGUCACAUACUAGUGAUGAUAGCAAAUUUGAUUCUGGUAUCACGGAAGAUUUUUCCCCUGGAAAUACCCCACAAAUUGACAAGCCAUCUCCAUUCCAGAUCUCUUCACAGGAGGCUGGGCUUCUUGAUCUUCUUGAGGGUAGAUCUGUUGUCACUGUAAAUCCUUCUGAUAUUGGUCUUGUACUUCACCAGCAGACACACUGUUUAUCACCAGAGGAUGCUAAUGUCUCUCACAUUCCAAAACUGAGACCAAGACUGUCACCGCAAAGCUUCACAGCAAAUCCGCAAAAUUUGCUGAGUCAUCAGAUCCCUUCCCCACCCACUUGUGAAACUGUAGAAAACACCUUUGCUUUCAUCCCUCCAGAUGACUUUGAUGAUGAUUUUGAUGUCAAAAGUAAGACACAGUCGGAACAAAUGAUAAGUAUUGUAGACAGGUACCAAGCUAUGAAAAAUCUGGAGGCCAGUCAUUGUACUCCAAGGAUUGAAGACGUCAUUGAAAAUGAACAUGAAAGUAAUAGCCAAACUGAUGGAUAUGAUAGGAAUCGGGACCUGCUUUUGCUUAAAGUUCACAGUGGGGAGGUUCCAUUCAUUGCAUGCAAUCUGAACAGUGAUGUGGUCAGCCUGGGUGGGGAAAGUGUCUGAAAGAGCCUUUAAACUGUCUGAUAUAACACUUGUCCAAUACUUAGCUUAUUGAAAAUGCCUUUAACCAUACACACAUGACACUUGUCCAACAAAGUAUUAAUUUUAGUAUCUAACCAGAUACCUUGUAUAUGCAGGGGCCAUACCCAUUAACGGUCCAAUAGAAUAGUUCUAACUGGGAUGACUCUAAAGAAAUAGUUGCUAUUUGCUAGAGAAAGGUUUCAU